AUGGAGUAUAAACCGUUCGAACCCGGCGGGGUAUCAAUACCUGUAGUGAUAGAUAAGGAAUACAAUAGCACGGAGGUCAAAACAGGCAUCCAAAUAGGCAAAUCGAUUAGUGUUAUCAACAAUGAUGAAGUAAUGGAAAGUGAUUUUUCGGAAGAAAGUGACAGUGAAUUUUUAGAUACAACAGUUUUACCGAGCAAUGUGGAAAAUAAUUCGCGGAGUGAUAAUAAUACAUCGAUAAAUCAUGUGAAUUUAAAUAAUAUGAAUGGUGAUGACAAUAAAGUUAUGUUGCGAAAAAACAAUAAAAGAAGCAAGAAUAAAACUAGUUUAAAAACGGUUAAUAUACCCGAAGAGUUAAUCAAGAAAUUGAUAAAAUUGGAUUCUAAAAAAGACAAAGUAACAACACUAAAUGAAAAUAUGGAGGAUAACCCAGGUUGCAGCAGCACUGGAAAAAGUAAAAGUUGGAUAGAAAUGAUGGAUGAAGAAAGUAAUAUGACAAAUGAAGACAACACUAGAAAUAAUAAAAUAAACGAAGUAAUUAAUUAUUAUGAACCAUAUGAUGAAGGACCGUAUACGGUUUUUGCAGAAUCAACUAACGAAAGCAUUGGCAGAUUUCACAAUCUAGCUUUAGUAUGCCAUGGAAACCAUCAAGCAAAUGACAAAGAAUGUAAAUUCUUCAAAGUUAAUAAAGAAAUAAAAGAAAUUAUGGCACUACAUAACAUAUCUUAUCUUGAAGCUAAAAACAGGAUGUGGAAAAAAGGAUAUGCUGAGGCUGCUAAGAUCAAUCCGUACAAUCCGGGGUUUAAUUCAUCGUUUCCGAGACUAAAUGGCAAUACCGAAAUGGAUUCACACAGGCAUAAAAAUAAAUAUGAAUUAUUGAAUAGUUUCGAUGAAGAAGAAAUUAACAUUGAUAAAGACAGAUUAAUGUUAAUGAAUAAACCAAGAAAUAUUAUGUAUAAACGUCGAACAGAAUACUUGAAGCCGAUCAAUCGAUUUAACAGAGACCAGAUAACUGAAAAACCUGAAAAAAGAAACCAAGAACAACCAAGCCUAAACAGUAAUAAGACCAAUAAAAAGGAAGAAAAUAAACGACAAUUAAAUCAUUUUAUAGAAUUGGCAUUGAAACUUCGAGAAAAAAUUGAAUGUGAGAGAAAUAAAGAAUGUAAAGAGAUAGAUGAAAUUAUAUAUAAGUUAAAAUGGGAUACACAUACCAUUAUGAAUUACUUAAACCAGAAUAAUAAAACAGGUAUAGAUAAUCGUAAUAAAGAUGAAAUACACAAUAAAAUAAGUGUAGUCAAUUCUAACGAAAGUUAG